UAUUAUUUUCUUUAUCUUUUUGGUGCGUUUUGAAAUAAUUGUUUCAUAUACAGCUAGAAUUGUGUAGCACAAUGGCACUGAUCGGUACGGUAGACCCAUAUGUUCCCGGAACAAGUUUUUCUAACUACGUUGAGUUGAUAGAAUAUUUUUUUUCAAGUAACAAUAUAGAGCAAGAUCGUAAGAAAGAUAUAUUUAUGAGUUGUUGUGGGUUUCCCACAUUUGCGGAAUUGAAGUUAUUGUAUCCCGCUACAGAUUUAAGAACUUUAAGUUACGAGGAAAUUACCAGGAAACUCAAAGAGAGGUUUGAUAAAGUUGAUUCUGAGAUCGUGUUACGUUACAAAUUUCGUUCUCGGAAGCAAGGCCCAAGUGAGUCCGGAGAAAAUUUUAUUCUAGGUGUAAAACUGCUGGCAGAAGCUUGUGAUUUUGGUGAGUUCAGGGACUCAGCGAUACGAGACCAGCUAGUGUAUGGAGUGUUUAACAAGGAUGUACAACAUCGUUUAUUGGAUGAGGAUAAUUUGAAUUUAAAGAUGGCAGAAAAAAUUAUCAAGAACAAAGAGAUUACUCAAUCUAAUGCAUUAAUUAUCAAUGAGGACAGGCAUGUUAAUUCUGUGAAGUAUAGAUUAGGACGGAAAUCACCAGAGCAUGAUCAGAGUGUCUACGUAGGAAAUGGCCGGGGUAGAUCGCGCUUUGAUAGAGGGAAUCAACGUUACAAUAGAAGUCGUUCUAGAUCGGGUCAACGCUCUUCUAGUAGAGGAAGGAACAAUAGAAGUGCUGUGAAAUUUGUAGAGGAGGCCCCCCCGAAGGAAAAAGUACAUGAAUACUUCAAAAGGCUUCGCGUCGACUACGAUUCUGAUAGUGAUAGCUCAGGUAGCGAUCGGUUCAAACACAAUCUCGGCUCACAGGGAGCAGAUUCGACUGAAGGAAGGACCUCGACGCCGGCGUAAUGUCGCGUUGGCGCCUCACAACAUGGUCAGGAGAGGCACUAAACGUCAGGCUAAUGAUUCAUUCGACGAUGAAGAACCAUUCUAUGGAUUUGAUUCGACUAUGGAACCACCUACGCCCGCCAGAAAUGAAGUUCAUCCUGCUAAGCUGCAAUUCCGAAGCAACGAAACACCAUGUGAGAAAAGUGUGAAGACUAUUCCGAGACGAUCCACUAGAUUGAAGAAACGUAGAAGGCGAGAUGAAUUUGAGAAUGAAAUUUGAUUUUUGUUUCAACUUAUAGUAAAUUUAGAAUUUUUAUACAGGUAUCGAGUAAAUUUGAUUUUCUGAAAUAGCAUGAUAAAUAAGAUUGAUACGUUCUGAUCAUAAUUGUAGUUGAGACUUUGAAUAUCAUAAGUUCGAAUUUAUACGUCGUUGCUUAAAAGGGAAGGAUUAUAAUAUCCGUUCGAUUUGAUGCAGUGUAAAAUAUGAUAACGGCUCAGAUUGCCGAUAGGGCAAAAGCUAUCAAAUGUGUAUAUAGCUUGUAUAUAACAUAUGUCUUUUGUUUAGCUAGCCUAUUAAAAGUGGUGAUCUGAAUAAACGUAGUUCUUCUACUCUUGGACUUGAAA